GGAAGUGACCCAAUCAGGGUAACAUUAGGAAGUUGCUGUGUGCCAAUCGGAGUUAGUUUUGAAAAUACAGCAGCUGACAUGGCAGUGGACUGGAUUGGGUUCAUCUAUGCUGCUCUGGUGUCCGCAGGAGGACUCAUAGGUUACUUAAAAGCAGGCAGCGUGGUCUCUCUGGCUGCAGGGCUGCUGUUUGGUCUGCUGGCUGCUGCCGGUGCUUAUCUGGCAUCUCAAAACCCAAAGAAUGUCUGGCUUUCACUAGGCACCUCUGGGAUUCUGGCAGUGGUGAUGGGGCUGAGAUUUCUCAACUCCUGGAAGUUCAUGCCAGCUGGUUUAAUGACUUUAGCAAGUGGACUGAUGCUGGUGAAGAUCAUCGCUGGAAUGCAAAGGAAACCACAUAAAUCUUAAACAUAUGUACAAGUGUCUUUUCUGUUUGUCGAUGCAUAUUAUGGACGUUUCCACAUACUGUACAAUCAAUUACAUUCCCUAGUUUACUAUUACAUUCUGGUUCUGUAUAAAAAAUGUGAUACAAAAUACGUGACUUUAUAGGUGAAGGUACGAGAAAGGAAGUACAUUUUUCUACAGAAGUGUUUUUAUCUUUAAAAUAUAUAUCUGGUGUUUCCACUUUAAUGAAAAAAUAACAAAUGUAUUGUCUAUUAUUAAAAGAAAAUACUGACA